AUGGCCUUUGGGGUUAUGAUCCUCCUGGGUGUCCUGACUUCUUGUCAUGGAUUCAACUUGGAUGUGGAGAAUCCUGCGGUCUUUCAGAAGGACGGAGUUGGCUUUGGGCAGAGCGUGGUCCAGUUUGACAGCUCAAGGCUCGUCGUGGGAGCCCCCCUGGAGGUGGUGACAGUCAACCAAACAGGACGCCUGUAUGACUGUGAGGUGGCCACGGGCCAUUGUCAGCCCAUCUUGCUCCACUCACCCCCAGAGGCCGUGAACAUGUCCCUAGGCCUGUCCCUGGCGGCCUCUACCGAGGAUUCCCUGCUGCUGGCCUGCGGCCCCACCCUGCAUCGAUCCUGUGGGAAGAACAUGCACGCGGAAGGCUUGUGCCUGCUGUUGGACUCCCGCCUGCAAAUGGUCCAGAGAGUCCCAGCUGCCCUGCCCGAGUGUACAAGCUCAGAGACGGACAUUGUCUUCCUGAUCGAUGGUUCUGGCAGCAUCAGCCAUCGUGACUUUGAGGAGAUGAAGGACUUUGUCAAAGCUGUGAUGGGCCAGUUCAAGGGCACCAACACCCUGUUCUCACUGAUGCAGUACUCAGACAUCAUGGAGACUCACUUCUCCUUCACCAAGUUCCAGAGGAGCCCAAACCCGCUGACACUGGUGGAUCUUAUCAAUCAGCAUCGAGGCCUCACGUACACAGCCACGGGCAUCCAGACAGUGGUGCGAGAACUAUUUCACAGAAAAAAUGGAGCCCGCAAAAGGGCCAAGAAGAUCCUCCUUGUCAUCACAGAUGGGCAAAAAUACAGAGACCCCCUGGAAUACAGCGAAGUCAUCCCCGAGGCGGAGAAGGCCGGCAUCAUCCGUUAUGCCAUUGGGGUGGGAGAUGCUUUCCACGAUCACAGCGCCAGGCAGGAGCUGAAUGACAUUGGCUCAGCGCCCUCACAGGACCACGUGUUCAAGGUGGACAACUUUGCAGCCCUCAGCAGCAUCCAGAAGCAGCUGCAGGAGAAGAUCUUUGCAGUUGAGGGAACCCAGUCAAGAACAAGCAGCUCCUUCUGGCAUGAGAUGUCACAAGCCGGCUUCAGCUCAGUACUCACAAAGGAUGGACCCGUUCUGGGGGCCGUGGGGAGCUUCAGCUGGUCUGGAGGUGCCUUCCUGUACUCCAAGGGCAUGAGUCCCACCUUCAUCAACAUGUCUCAGGAGAACGUGGACAUGAGGGACUCUUACCUGGGUUACUCCACUGAGCUGGUCCUUUGGAAGGGGGUACAGAGCCUGCUCCUGGGGGCCCCCCGCCAUCAGCACAUCGGGAAGGUCGUCCUCUUCACCCAGGCGUCAGGGCGAUGGAGGCCAGAGGCCAACGUCACAGGGACACAGAUCGGCUCCUACUUCGGGGCCUCCCUGUGCUCUGUGGACGUGGAUGCAGAUGGAAGCACAGACCUGGUCCUCGUCGGGGCCCCCCAUUACUAUGAGCAGACGCGGGGAGGCCAGGUGUCCGUGUGCCCCAUACCCCCGGGGAGGACCAGCUGGCAGUGUGUGGCUGUCCUCCGUGGGGAGCAGGGCCACCCCUGGGCGCGCUUUGGGGCAGCCCUGACGGUGCUGGGGGAUGUGAAUGGGGACCAGCUGACGGAUGUGGCCAUCGGGGCCCCGGGAGAGCAGGAGAACCAGGGAGCUGUCUACCUGUUUCAUGGAACCUCAGAACAGGGCAUCAGCGCCUCCCACAGCCAGCGGAUCGCAGGCUCCCAGCUCUCCCUCAGGCUCCAGUACUUUGGGCAGUCGCUGAGUGGGGGCCGGGACCUCACCCAGGACGGGCUGGUGGACCUGGCCGUGGGCGCCCAGGGGCACGCGCUGCUGCUCAGGAGCCGGCCGGUGCUGGAGGUGGAGGUGGACAUGAGAUUCUCGCCCACAGUGGUGGCGAAGGCUGCGUACCAGUGCUGGGGCAGGGUGCCCGCCACCCUGAGGGCUGGGGAAGCCACCGUCUGCCUCACUGUCAGCAAAAGUUCAGCGGACCAGCUGGGUGAGGUCCGAAGCGCUGUCUCGUAUGACCUGGCCUUGGACCCCGGCCGUCUGACUUCGCGCGCCGUUUUUGAUGAGACCAAGGAAAGGACUUUGACACGAAGGAAAACUCUGGGGCUGAGGGCGCACUGCGAGGGCGUGAGGCUGCUCUUGACGGACUGCGUUGAGGACAUGGUGAGCCCCAUCAUCCUGCGCCUCAACUUCUCCCUGGUGGGAAAGCCCAUCCCCUCAUCCCGGAACCUUCGCCCCGUGCUUGCUGUGGGCUCACAGGACGUCUUCACUGCUUCUCUCCCCUUCGAGAAGAACUGCGGGCAAGGUCGUCCCUGCGAAGGGGACCUGAGCGUCAGCCUCAGCUCCUCAGGUCUGCAGACCCUGGUGGUGGGGAGUUCCCUGGAGCUCAAUGUGACAGUGACUGUAUGCAACGAGGGGGAAGAUUCCUACGGAACUGUGAUCAACUUCAACUACCCGCCAGGGCUGUCCUAUCGGCGAGUGAUACGAAUCCAGGAACCCCAUGAGCGCCCACUGCGUCUGGCAUGCACAGUACUCACAGAGAAUGAAGACCUGAGGAGAACCAGCUGUCACAUCAACCACCCCAUCUUCCGAGGGGGCAUGAAGGCCACCUUUAUAGUCACAUUUGAUGUUUCCUACAAGGCCAACCUGGGAGACAAGUUGCAUCUGAGGGCCAGUGCAAGCAGUGAGAAUAAUAAGCCUACAAGCAACAAGAUCACCUUCCAGCUGGAGAUCCCAGUGAAAUAUGCCAUCUACAUGGUGAUCAGCAGCCACGAAGAAUCUACCAAGUACUUCAACUUUUCAACCGCUGUUAAGAACAACAGGAAAGAAGCUGAGCAUCGGUAUCAUGUGAAUAACCUGGGUCAGCGAGACCUGGCCAUCAGCAUUGUCUUCUGGGUGCCCGUCCUGCUGAAUGGUGUGGCUGUGUGGGACGUGGCCAUGCUGGCCCCUACCCAGAGUCUCCCUUGUGCAUCAGAGCGGGAACCUCCCCAGCAUUUUGAUUUCCUGACCCAGAUUCCGAGCAGUCUUGUGCUGGACUGCUCCGUCGCUGACUGCCUGAGGUUCCGCUGUGACAUCCCCUCCUUCGGCGUCCAGGAGGAGUUUGACUUCGUCCUGAAGGGCAAACUUAGCUUCGGCUGGGCCAGCCAGAUGCAGCAGAAGAAGAUUCACCUCAUGAGUGGAGCUGAAAUCCUGUUCGACAGAUCCACGUAUUCCCAGUUUCCAGGACAGGAGGCAUUUCUGAGAGCCCAGGUGGAGAUGGUGCUGGAAGAGUAUGAGAUCUACAACCCCAUCCCCCUUGUCGUGGGCAGCUCUGUGGGAGGACUGCUGCUGCUGGCUGUCAUCACAGCCGUGCUCUACAAGCUUGGUUUCUUCAAACGUCAGUACAAAGAAAUGAUGGAUGAUAAGCUUGAAGACAUGGCCACUUUCAAUAAGGAGACUCUCAGCUCUGAAGUCCCCAGUUCGCCUUUGCCCCAAUAA